AAACCUUUUAAGAGUGCAGGAAUCGCUGAAAGAAAAACAUGAAAGAAAAUGGAAUGGGAUGGUUUCAGUCGGUACAGGGAUGGAAAUGCUACUCUAUAACCUAGUAAAGGUCAGACAGAAAUAAUAAAAAGCAAUUCCGUAGCAAAACACAACCAAAUUGAAUUCUGUGAUGUGUUACUUGUUGAUGGUGUUCAUGUUUAUGAACAUCACCGUUUUUCAAGCACUUCAGGAAACAAAUUUCAUCAUUUGUGUCUCCAAGUCAAAAUAGGUCCAAAAACUGUGAAUGACUGCCCAUACACUGUGUGUGCGUGCAUGUGUGGGUGCGUGUUUGUGUGUGUGCUUGUGUGUGUGGGCAUGUGUGUACAAUACAGAGGCCGCAUGGAUUGAUAACCAUACUUUACAAUCAUGUCACUUUCACUUUUAUUUAUUUUUUUAAAUUUCAUUUUUUUAUUUUGCUACGCUUGCUGAAAAACUAUCUAGUCUCAUUCCAAUGUGCACACUUGGCGAAUAAAGCUUAUAUUUUUCUGAUUCUUUAAUUGAAUUAAAGUUGAUGAUUGUUAAGAGUUAAACAGAUUUUUUUUUUAUUUAGAUCUCUCUACCAUAGCAAUAAGAGAUUAAAAAUGAAAGUCAGUAUAAUGUUACUGCUUUGGAAUGACUGUGUUUAUAAUAAUACAUUUAUUUGGGACUCAAUAGCCUAAAUCAUGCCUGGUUGAAGAUAAAGAAAAACAUUCAAAUAGAUAACAGCUUUUUAUACAAGUUUGAAAACUGUAGUCUGUUAUUACACAGUUACAAGUGUUGUAAUACCUACAGACAAGUAUGAAUUGACGUAAUAUGCUCAUAAGAAUCCCCGUUUAUGUAUUCUAAUUAUUCUAUCGGACUGACGUGAAUGCUGUUUAUAUUAAACAUUAUGGAAAGGGACAAUGGGCUAAUGGAUGAGCCUACAGGGUUAAAGAGCCCCGUAUGAGCGCAUGCGCAUUGAGGUCACACUGCAGAACGAGUUACUGACAGACGGACAUGAGCCGCGCGUCACUGCUGACACGGCACUGGAUCAACAACAUGAUAUCCGCGCUCUUCUACGACACGAUUCAUUUCAUGUGAUAUAUCGCGUUGUUUUUCCACAACGAAUGACGCUCUGAUCGGCCCGAAUUCCCGCUGUCCUCCGGCGCGUCGCACAAUGGCAUUGUCCGGCCCAAAUAAAGUCGACAGCAGAGCCCAGGUGGAUGACAAGUGCAAGCAGGAGAAAUGCAUUUCGUUUCUUUUUUAUCAAGCGGUCCGGGACCUGAAGCCCGUUUGGAUGUUAGAGGACAUGCGCACCAUGGAGACGUUUUAUUGGGAAGAAGACGCCAAACAGAGAACUUACACCCCGUCCGAAGCGUUGCUGUACGCGAUCGUGCACGACCAUCAGGCGUACGCGCAGUAUCUGCUCAGCCACUAUGCUGACGAGGCGCUGGCGAUGCCGGGCGAGCGAUUCUGCUGCUGUCCGUCAUCCGCGCCGCAUUUAGCGAUGGCCGUGCGCUACGACAGGCGGGACAUUCUGGCUCACAUAUUGCAGGUGGCGCAUCAACUGCCCAGUUUGCGCUCAUACAUGAACCGCGGCGGGUGCUUCCACCUGGAGGACGGUAAGACCCCGCUCCAUCUGGCCUGUGAGCUGCUGCGCUCGGACGCGGUCAUGCUGUUGCUAGGCAACGGCGCGUCGCCGCAGGCCGUGGACCACAACGGCAUGACGCCGUUAGACGUCAUUCUUCAGCAGCUCUGGGACUCGAAAGUGAACGCCGGGGCCAAAAAAUCCUGCUUGGACAACCUGUUGAUGUUUAUGCCGGAGAUGCGCUUUAAGAUGAAGAGUUGUCUGGAGAAAGACGCCAGAUGCUGGGCCAAGGUUCUCGGAGAGGAGAAACUGCAGUACCUGAUCGGCAGGAAUCCGCCUCGAUUGUUCCUCGUCGCUAUGCAAAGAAUCCUCGCGCAGCUGCCACCCGAUCAGUUUCCUAUGAGUCUUGACAAACUUCCAAUUCCCACCUCUCUGAAACCUGUUCCCAGACCGGUCAAACAAUGCAGCCAUCUUACAGUGGCCUGAAGCGACUGCAUCAUACCUGUACCUGCCUUAAAUUAAAUUAUUAUUAGUAUAGCCUAAUCAGAUCGGCUUUACAAGUCAGUUCAACUUAGAUUUUUAUAUUUUGACUAUGAGUUGCUUUAGCAAAUAAAUAGAGUUGAAAUUUGAACGUUUUAUGAGGUAACUCAUCACUAUAGUCAACAUAUAAAGCACUGAGCUGAAAUGACUUUUAAAACCGAUUUGAUUAUACCUAAAAAAAAUAUGAAGGCAGCAAGAAAACUUUAGUGUAUCUCUUUUAAGCAUGAAUGAAAUCUCUGUCUGUCUGUCUGUGGCAUGUCAUGAUGUGUGGGAGAAUUAUUCUCUUCCUGUUGUCUAAAUAUGUGAUCAAUUCAUUUUAUUAUAUUUAUUGAUCUAAUAUAUGUGAUUUUAAAUAUGUCUUGAUUUUAAAAUUUUUAUACUUAUGACAAAAUAUGCAAAGUAUGAGAUUUAUUUAUGAAAGAUGUGUAAAUACCAAGCAUUACCUCUUGACGCUGAUCUGAGAACAAUGGGGCCGGUGGCAAUUAAAAACUAAUCAUGAUUUAAACUUAAA